AUGGCAUCGGUUAAAAAAGAUCCAGAAAUCGAUAAUAAAGAUGUGGUCAUUAAUGUUUUAACCAAAAAUUAUGUGGACCAAAGUUACGUUGAUCUUAAACUAACGUGUUAUCACCCUACUUCAAUUUAUUAUUUAACAAACAUGACUGCUGUUAUAAAGAAAGAUUCUGUGAAUAUUAAAGUUGAAUACGAUUAUGAAAAGCAGCCCAAUGCAAUUUUUGUAGAAAUCAAAAGACCAAAAUGA